UAAUUGUUUAUCUACUGAUAGAAUGCUGCAAGGUAAGUUUCUUUUUGGUUAUUCCGGGCACUGCUUCACUAUCCGCCGCAAGUGGCCGGCGGCCUUUUUGGGUAGAAAUUGAGUUGAACUUGUAACUUUGAACUUUGUAGAAUGAGAAAGUUUCAAGUCGAGAUACCUUCAUCCUAUACCUCUCUCUUGUGUUAGGCUUUUCUAUUCCCUCACUUUGCUCUGAGAGAGGCUUGAGUCCUACAUCCCUGACCCUUGGUCUGACCUCUGAUUCUUCAUAUAGCUCUCUCGUAUUGCCUUCCGUGGCGCCUGCGAGAAUUCAGCCAGCCGCGUGCGAUGGAUCCGGUAUCAGUGACCAAGAUCGUUUUUGGCAGCCGAUAAAUGCUUAAGCAGCCCUCCUGCAGUGGUGGAGCAGAGCCUUCCCUUAAACGAUGGCAGCAUUUCCUGCUCAGAAACUUGGACGCGCGUGUUGUGGCUGUUGGGACACACAAAACCUGCUUUUAGGACAAAACUUGGAUCUUCCUUCCUCACCUCUGGAUGCGCGAAUUUACAAGGAACCUGCCCCUGCUUUCAAGCCCUUGGUCAUGGGCUGAUUCUACAACCUGCAGUUUGACAACCCAGGAAUAUGUAUCCUCUAGAUUCACAAGGCCGCUUUGACUGAAGCAUCAAAUUAUCCUACCCAGUUUGGCUGCGUUUAGACAAGCAUCUUCAGCCGAUCUAUCCCUCACCAGUUGGUUAUCUCAUCGGGGGCUUCGUCGCGACUCUCUCCGUCUGCCGCCAUGGAGCCCCGACCCCAACCAGCGGCACAUCAGCAUCGGCGCCGUUACUGCUUAUCACGGCGAGAGAUGAUGCGACGCGCCUCCCUUCGCCAGACUCUUCAACAGCCGGCGUCUUCCAACCAAGCACGUGCGAUGCCUCUCGACCAAGCCGUUCAAGCGUUGCUUAAUAUAGAGCCAUGGCCCAGUACCCGCACCUGGCCACCGACCGCUGAAGUGCCAGACUUCAUGGAUGAAGACAACCAAGACGAAGCUCAGGAGGUGUUUAUUGACCAAUUCAACAAUCUGGCGGUGGAGAAUCGAGUACCAUUGCUCGCCCAUGGUGACACUAUCCUCAUUAACCUGGAAACCCCAGAGCCUAAGCAGCCUGGGUUGCUCCGUCGAAUCUUUUCAGGACCAAGUAGGCCGGAUCCAGCAUCACGACAGAGCGUCUCAGACUUGGCAUAUCAUCGUCGCUACAAGCCUGAUGUAUACACGUCGGUUGAUCUUGAAGACCUGCAACGGCUGUCUAGCAAAAGCCUGCUGCGUCUGCCCCCAGCUUACGCCCCCUACCCCUUGGCCAUACCAACGUGCUUGCGUGCCUGUGCACAAUUCAUUGCGGAAAAGGCCAAUACCCGGGGCAUCUUUCGGGUUUCCGGCUCUGAAAGAGUCGUUGAAGAAUUCUCGCGGUACUACAACUCGGUCCCUGCCCAUGAAGAGGCUGUGCUUGGGACAGUCCUCCAAGAUACCUUGCCGGUCCACAUUGCACACACAAUCCACGAUGUGGCUUCUACGUUCAAGCGCUUUCUAGCCCGCCUGCCAGGAGGGAUCUUGGCAUCGCCAAAACUUUUUAAUGUUUUUGUUGCAAUCCAUGAGCAGCUGGAUGGGCCGUCUGAGCUUUCGAGUGGUUAUCGUGCCCAGGUUCGUGCACGACUCAUAGCACUCGCCAUUCAAUCCAUCAGGUCAAAGUCUAUCCGCCAUGUGAUUUGCGCCGUCUUUGGCUUGCUACAUAUGAUUGGACGGAUCACUGAAUUGUUGCCAGAAGAGCGUGUUAAUGGUCAAUCUCUUCAUCCCGAUCAUCAGUUUGUGGAUUAUGAAGGUCUUGGAGUUUGUGUUGGCCCGCUGCUAAGCAAUGAUCCUCCGUUGAAACCAGUCCAGCCAACUCCUGAGCCGCGUCGCUUUCCAUGGGCUUCGAAGCUGCUUCGUCGGCAAGCGCAAGAGUUGACCGAAGACGCCAAAGCUGAAGAGGAAGCCAGAAUUAUAGCGGCAAUGGUGAAGCGUGCCAUGGAUGCAGCUAGUGUUGCUGAGAUGCUUAUUACACAUUGGCGGGACGUGGUUUAUGAAUUGAAAGUCUUGAAUAGGAAUGUUCGUGAUGGUGUGGCGAUGCUGCAUCUCGAGUAUCGCGAGAUGCCUCCACUGAGUUCAGAUCCAGACAUUGGCAAUCCUGUUGUGGACUCGGAUGUUCAUUUUGAGGCAGGUUCUGAGGCAGGUUCUGAGGCAGGACCUGAGGCAGGUUCUGUUGACAGUCAGGAGACUGUGUUCCUUACAACGGCCGCGGCCAAUGGUCAGCGAGAAGCCAGGAGUGGCCUGAAGACUGCGUCAGCUGAGGCAGGUUCUGAGGCAGGUUCUGUUGGCAGUCAGGAGGCAAUGUUCCUUACAACGGCCGCGGCCAAUGGUCAGCGAGAUGCCAGGAGUGGCUUGAAGACUGCGUCAGAUCCCCCCCAAUUGACUCCCUCAAACGCCAUCCGACGACCAACGGGUACAACCAAGGAGUCGGCAAGGAUGAUACUGCUCGAGACGGAAAUACAGCAGUUGAAAGAAUUCGACAUGGCGGCAUUGCAUCAACAACUGCAAGACGCAAAUGGGAAGCUGAGUAAAUGGAAAGAGAGAGCCUUGGCUGCGGAGAAAAAGGCAAGGCUGUUUCAAAAAUUUACGAUGCGCGUCAGACACCUUUACGGCUCUCCCUCGAAUAAAGGCUCUUGUCAAAGCGGAGAUGACGGGUCGGCAGUCAGAGAAGAGAGCGACGCACAAGGUUCCUACCUGGUUCAUAGCGUUCGGCUUCACAAGGCCCUGGAGGCUAUUGAGAAAGGAGUCCAGGCCACCGGUUACCAAGAGAGUAUAGGCCUGGGAGAUGGAGAUGCCAUUGCGGCCAAGAUAUUCCAGAGUUUAUAUCCCCGGAUGCAGACACGAGACGGGCCGCCUUGUGGUGGUUCGCCCUCGGGUGGUUCCAAGGCUACAGCCACUGGCGAUGCGCUGUUGUUGCAGAGUAUGGAUGGCGUGGCGAGUCCCAGAGACGACGAAGAAACGCUGAAGCUUCGUCUUGCGAUGGUGGAGCUGUGGAUGGCUGUGCAGGAGUUGCUGCGGAUGGAGGAUGAGGAGGCGUCUUCAACGACGUCUUCGUCGUCGACUUCGUCGUCGUCGUCUCAGCAGUCGAGCACUUUUACUAAGAAUGAGCCUUCUUCAUUUUUGAUAUAGAGUCGUUAAAAUUCAAUUUUUUUUUUUUUUUUUUUUUUUUUUUUUAUAUCAUAUCAACAUUGCUUUUCCAACGCUUCAUGACCAUUGAACUUUGAUCUACCCUAUUCAAAUUCAAAUACCGUAAAUUCCUCCAUUGAGAUUGCCAUCUCACGGCGCUGGUGCUCUUUUGUACUACCAAGGAGCGCCAGGCCGCCGUGCAAUCCUCCAUCUCCCAGCUUGGUCCAGAUUCAUAUUGACUUGCAUUCUUCCAAUGCCAUCCACAACGGCGUUGAGCGCCCGGGUAUCGACAUCCUCUGAGUUUCGAGCAUGUCUGCUGCCACUACCGCUACCACUACGAACUCUGUUUUGGGGUCUCGGUAUGGGACUCAUGGGUGGAGAAAGGACCCGAGAAUCGCCCUGGCGGAGCGUAGGCUGAGAGUCGGCGAUAGACAAGGGCGAUUCAGGCCGUUCGAGCUGGGAGGUUGGCGGUGAGGGGAGAGAGUAACUUGCGGCUUGAGUAGAGUAGGUGGACAUGUUUGCGAAUGGGGGCGAGGAAGAAGAAGACGAGAGAAAGCUGGGGCGGGGUUGAGCGGAGGGGACGACGGAGAAGGGUUGGAUUUGAAGCUCUUCUCGUGGUUCGAAUGGCGAGUUGUUGGAGUUGGUAAAUGGCGAGGUGGCGUGGGCGAGACGGAAGAUGGCUUCUUCGUCGGAGGAUGGGAGGUCGGGUUCGAAGUCGGAGUGGAAAGAGCCUGGCAUGGGGUGGUAGGCGGUUGAAGGCAUUGAAGAAGAAGAUUGCUGAGAAGAUUGAUGCUGAUGCUGUUCCAACGGAGGAGAAGGAGCAGGAGGAUCGUAGGGGAUGAGAUCCAGCCACUGCUGCUGGCGCUGAUGCUGCCAGUCUCGCUGGCUGGAAGAAGACGCGGCAGAAGAAUCAGGAUUGCGGCUGGGAGAAGGACGAACAGGAGAC